UAUAAAUCUUUCAUAGACCAUGACUCUCUCACGUGCCCUCCCCCUCCUUUUUUCUUCCUUCCACCACCACCGCCAUUAAUACAAACAAACACUCUCAUCUUCUUCCCUCCCUCUCUCUCUCUCAUCAAUGGAGACGCUCAUCGACCCUAGCCAUGGCGAUUCACACUCUUCUUCUCUCGACAGUCUCAAACCUAGCGUCCUAGUCAUCAUUCUCAUCCUCCUCAUGACUCUCCUCAUCUCCGUCUCCAUCUGCUUCCUCCUCCGCUGCCUCAACCGCUGCAGCCACCACUCUCCUCUCUCUCCCUCUUCCUCCACCUCCACCGAGUCGCUCCGAUUCUCCAACCGCCGAGUCUCUCCCGAGACGGAACGCUCCUCCGUGCUCGACUCGCUCCCGAUUUUCAAAUUCUCCUCCGUGACUCGCCGAUCUAGCGCCUCAUCCUCCAGCGACUGCGCAGUUUGCUUGUCCAAGUUCGAGCCGGAGGAUCAGCUCCGUCUUCUUCCUCUCUGCUGCCACGCGUUCCACGCCGACUGCAUCGACGUUUGGCUCGUGUCGAACCAGACGUGUCCUCUCUGCCGUUCUCCUCUCUUCGCGUCAGAGUCUGAUCUCAUGAAGGCCAUCAACAACUCCGCCUCUCUCGGAGGAGGAGGAGAUAGCAGCUUCCGUCUCGAAAUCGGAUCUAUCAGCCGCCGCCGCAACAAUCCGACACCGGAAUCCGGCGAUCAGCAGCAGCACCGGUCUUACUCACUCGGCUCGUUCGAUUACGUUGUCGACGACGUGGAGUCAGAGAUCUCCGAGUCAAACUUUAAUCACAGAAACGCUUCGUCGCAGCGGAAACAGGAAGACGCGACUGCGACUGCGGUUGCGGUUACGACAUCUGAUUCUAACGUGGCGUUUGAAGCGAGUUUGGCGGGGGAGAUAGGUAACCAAGGUUCAAGAAGCUGGCUCAAGGAUUACGUGGACAGACUCUCGUCUCGUGCGAUGUCGUUUAGAAGCUCCGGGAGAUUUUUUACCGGGAGUAGUAGGCGGAGCAACGAGGAAAUGGAGGUGGCGGAUAUAGAAGCCAAUCAAGCCGGUGAGGAGAUUAGCGAGCUAUUCCGGUGGCUUUCAGGUGUGUGACUAUGAUGAGUGAGUCGCACGUUUUAUUCAUUCACUUGGGUCUGUACAUAUAAACAGUGUCUGAAGGCUUUACGGAUAUUUUUUUUUGGUUUGGUUUUGCCAUUUUCUGGUGAUAUAAGAGAUGGAUUUUCUCAUCACAAAUGGUAUAUAUUAAUGGUCUUUACAAGGCCCAUUAUAAGACCCAAACAAAUUCGAAUGUGUAUAAAAUGUCAAUGAUGUAUAGAAUCCAAACAACAUUCCUGGAGCU